GUUCUACACAAACCACCUUCAAUGAAUCAGUCCUCCUAGAAAAACUAGCUUCAUAGUCAAGACAAAUUUGGAAAAAAAAGAGUACAAAGUUGACCUUCUUAAGUGGAAGUGGUUAAAAGUUAAAGUGAAAAGUGAACUCAAAUCGAAAUGCCAAUCACGAAUAGGGUGACGUUGCCAUUGUGUCGACCACGGGAGCCCGCAUUCGUACCGAAACUAAAUUGUCGAUUCGAUAUUCCGGCCGAUCAUUUGCCCGCCAAGUAUAAGGACAUUGGAGUUGACAUACUUGAGCAAUACAAUGAUGAUAACACCCAAAAGUUGCCAGUUAAAGAGAUUCAGUAUCCGAAUUUGAAAUUUUUGAAAACGUUCAGUAGACGCAGUGAUUUUACUGCCUUCAAUCCUCAGCACAUGAAAUAUGCGACUGAGUUGAUGAAAAUCUUUGAAUCAGCCAAAGAUUUGGAUGAACUAAUAUCGCUCGCAUUGUAUUGCCGUGACCAAUUGAAUUCGGAUCUGUUCGUUUACUCAUACUACACUGUGCUGGAACAUCGCCAUGACACCCAUAAUCUUGAACUGCCAUAUAUAUUCGAAAUUAAUCCGCAUCAAUUUUUCGAUAAGCACGAUUUAUCACAAUUGCAAGCUGCUACCUACGAAUCGGAAAAUAUAAAACGCAACACCCGUGCCGCGGCUGACAAGAAUGAACCUGUCGUAAUUGAAGUGGCGUUCCGUGGACGUAUGUCCAUAGCAAAUCCCGAAGAAAAGCUGAAAUUCUUCCGUGAAGACAUCGCAGUCAACUCGAUGCACUACCAAUGGCAUACUGUUUACCCGUUUGAUGGGCCCAGUCCAGAAUACUAUGAUAAAGAUCGACGCGGUGAAUUGUUUUAUUUUAUGCAUCAUCAAAUAAUGAAUUGGUAUGAUUGUAAUCGUUUGACGGCUGGCAUUCCACUAACUGUACCCUUUGACUAUUUCCGUAAGCCAAUCGAACGUGGUAUCUACCCGGAAUUGACUACAGCCACCAAUAAAAAUUUAAUUUCACCACGUCAAGAUAAUGUAUACUUGCAAGACCUUUUGCGACCCGAAUUCAACCUUAAAGUUGCUGACCUGGAACGUUGGUAUGAACGAAUCGUAGAAGCGGUCGACAAGGGAUUUGGUAUUGAUCCAUGUGGCAAUAAGAUCAAUUUGCUGAAUGAUAAAGGUAUCGAUUUCUUGGGUAAUACAGUUGAACCGAACGUUAAAUUAUCAAUGAAUUCGGAUUAUUAUGGAUCACUGCAUAAUUUUGGACACAGAAUAAUCGCUUUUGCUCAUGAUCCAACAAACAAAUAUAAAACACCGCCCAGUCUUAUGAGAGACACUGCAACUGCAUUGCGUGAUCAUGUAUUUUAUGAAUGGCAUAAAAUGGUUGAUCAACUGUUUAUGCGACUUAAGAACAAACUACCAUCAUACAAACCACAAGAUUUACAACUAAACGGUGUCAAUAUUACAUCGCUGAAUUUAUUGGACGAAUCGAAAAUAUCCGUUGAUGAGUUGAUUACGUUUUGGCAAAAGUCUACCGUUGACUUGCGUAAUGGAUUGGAUUUCCAAUCGAAUAAGCCAAGUCUGAUUACUUUUACGCAUUUAAAUUACCAACAUUUUACAUAUUCAUUGGGCGUUGAAAACCGAAAUGAUACCAUUGUUGAAGGAACGGUGCGCAUUUUUUUGCUGCCAAUCAAAGAUGAGGCAGGUGAAGAUUUUUCAUACGAUGGAUGCCGAAAACUCGCCAUUCUAAUUGACCAGUUUCCAUCGAAAUUUUCACCGGGAAUGAACCAAAUUAAACGAAAAUCAUCUGAGUCGACCGUAACCAUUCCAUUUGAUCGAACAUUCCCCGUGCAAAAAGAUGGGACCGUAUUAUUGUCGGACCAACCGGAGGCUGUUAAAACAUUUUGCAAGUGCGGUUGGCCUCAGCAUUUAUUAUUUCCAAAGGGAACUGAAGAUGGCUAUCCAUUCCGACUUUUUGCUAUGAUUUCCGAUUAUAAGCUCGAUAAGGUUGAUCAAGGUCCAUCGAACGGUAUUUGCAGCGAUAGUUAUGUAUUGUGCGGCCUACAAAACCGAAAGUAUCCGGACAAACGGCCAAUGGGCUUCCCCUUUGAUCGGCCGGCCGAUGAUGGCGUUACGAUUUUUGAUGACUUCUUGACGGGUAUGGGAAAUAUGAUUUCCAAAUCAAUAACCAUACGUCAUCUCGACGAAAAUAUGGCUCAAGUGGACAAUGUAUCCAACAAAAUUGUGAAAUUAUGAAAUUCCAAUGUUCUGAUUUAUCUUCUGCUCAAUCUCUUCUUGAUUUCUGUAUUCAAUCUCCGCGUCAUGCAUUAUAUACGUUCUAACCAAGAGUCUCAGGUUUUUCUUCUUGACAACUGAUUAUAAUCAAAACUUAUUUUAUCAAAAUAUUGUAAAAAAAAAACAAAACUAAGCAUUAAAUGUUCGUAUUGUAUGUAUUUGUGUUUAUUAAAUUGGUGGCAAAAAAA